AUGCCUCCAGAACGGAAACCAAGAAUAUUCGCCUUUGCUGACUUUGACCUCCGAGCCUUAUGCAGUCUAGCGAGCGCACUGCGGCGGGGUAUUCCAUGUGCUUGUGACCGCGAUCAACUUCCUGCAUCAGGGAGCUAUCACUGGGUUGUCUUCAUCUCAUUUGCCGACCAGGUGCGAUGGGUCUUCAGAUCUCCGCUGGUGAAAGAAUCAAUGCCAGUAGAGAUGAGGGCAAAGAUAAUCGCCAGUGAAGUGGCCACUCUCCGAUGCGUCAAGUUUUACAGCAACAUACCGGUUCCAGAAGUUUAUUAUCAUUGUGUUUCGUCCAAUAACACCAUCGGAGUUCCGUUUAUUUUGAUGAGUGAGGCAUCUGGCAGGCCAUUGUCAAAGUUCUGGAGAGCAACCAGUUCUCGAAAUGGCCUAGAUAUCCGCACCAAGUCAAAGAUUCUUUAUCAGCUUGGACGCAUUACUUGGAAGCUUUCGCAGUUACGUUUCGACAAAAUCGGCUCACUCUUUGAGGAACAUGGGUCUAUCAACAUCGGGGAAUGUCUUUCACGUGGCCACAUGUCCCAUCAACGAUACCGGCUGGAUAUUCCACGUGGGCCUUUCACUUCAGAAGCGGAAUUUUAUGAUAGUGUUAUUGAAGCAUUUUCGCAGCACGCCGAGCUUCUACCGUUAAAGACUCAUUGCUUCAUUGCACCCGUUCCCAUGCGGAAAGAAUUUAAAUCGGAGGAACAAUUCACAUGGGCCGAGAAACUCUGGAUUGACUUUAUGCUUGUUGGAAGAAAAAUCGACACGGCUGAUAACAGACUUGACUACAUGAUCGCAGCCGAGGCUCUCCGUGACAUUGUAGGAAAGCUCGAACUCCCAACCGUUAUCGCGACUUUCCCGUUAUUCCACCCUGAUCUGAGCAUCAAUAACAUAUUUGUGGACAACGAUUACAACAUCACUUGCGUUAUCGACUGGACAUUUGCUUCGUCGGUCCCUGAAUCCAUGUUGUUGGCCUAUCCAGGGUUACCGCAACAACGCAAUGAACUCGAUCCAGAGCUGUAUGCACCCUUCCACAGUGGGUUUAUUGCCGCUAUGCCAGCUGCAUCAAUCGAAAACACGUUGAUUCACAGAUAUUCUGAAUCAUUCGAGCGAAGCCAAACCUCUUGGGAUUUGAUUCGACUUCUAAACAUGGACUUGCCGCAAGAUUACAUUGUCUUUGCCAAGCUCUGGAAAUCUGCGUAUGGGUCCGAAAAGAACCUACAGCGAUACUUUUUACAACGACAGCGCUCACCUCACUACACCUGGCUUCACCGACAAGUUAAAAAGGAGGACGACCCGCAGUCGAAAGUUCAGAAGAAAGAAGAUGUCUAUUUUGGACGCAAGUUCUGGAAACACACCAUUGCUAGAAAGCUGACACUCGUGUCCGAAUUUAAAGCGCGAUAUGCCGAUAAUUCGGAACCGAGAUUGCGGAACGAUAUGUUUGUCACUUCCCCCCAGUUAUGGAGGUGGAUUGAAAACUUCAUGCUUGAUUGGGUGAGAAUGCGUUGA